GUACCCAAACCUAAGGGACCGCCUCCGCCUACGACGUCUGAGUGGUUGGGUGGAAUCAAGUCAUACCCGGAAGUCCUACGGAUUGUGACCUCGACACUGUGGAGCGAGCUGCUUUCUGAUUUUCUUGCAACGCUGAUCCUGCAGGAUGGGAACUGUUAAGGAAGAACGCGACCUCUACCGGGACACUUGGGUCAGAUUUUUGGGCUAUGCCAAUGAGGUUGGAGAGUCAUUUCGAGCUCUAGUCCCUGUCAGUUUGGUUUGGGCAAGCUAUGGAAUAGCCACUGCCUACGUGACAGCAGAUGCAAUUGAUAAAGGCAAAAAGGCAUCGACUAGUCAUGGAGAUGAGCCAGGGAAGACGGGAAGAGUUACUGUAGCCGUGGUAGACACAUUUAUCUGGCAGUCUUUAGCAUCAGUAGCUAUUCCUGGCUUUACCAUCAACCGAAUCUGUGCUGCAUCGCUGUAUCUGCUGGCCAGAAUGACUCGGUGGCCUGUCCCAGUUAGAAAGUGGACUACCACAGCUGUAGGACUGUCAGCUAUCCCAGUAAUCAUCAAACCAAUAGACAGGUCCGUGGAUUUUCUGCUGGACUCUACUCUUCGCAAAAUUUACAAUGUGGGAGGAAAAAAGCAUAACUGAUAACAAAUCAGUGUGGAAGUAAGGCAACAUCUUCUGUAGAGUUCCUGCCAUGCAUACUCUAAGGCAUUCUCAGGAAGGUUUAUAUACAUUACAGUAUGAAUAUCUGAGGAACAAUGACAACUACACCUCCAUCAUUCAAUGUUAAGAUGAAUUCUAAAAUACAUCACUACCUCCAGAUGUGGAAGGAAGUAAAUUGUAUCUAGCUGCUUAAUGGAGAGGGCUGGACUGAAAAUGAAUCUUGUUGACCCAUAGACUAAAAAGACAAUGUUAUAAACGUUUAGCCCUCUGGGCACCAUGUGGGAUGUACAGAAGAACAUGCCCACUUUUUGAACUGAUUUUUAGCAGCAACAUUUGUGCUUUAUAUUUUUAUGAAGACAUUAUUCAUUCAUGUACUUUGUUUUAUGGGGCAAACAUCUGAUAAACUAUGCAAUGCAGAAUGGUAGCUUUUUCUUUAUACUAGAUCAUUGUUUACUGAUAAAAAUAUGCCCUAUGGCAUUUAUUUAUUUUUGUUAUCAUUGAAAUAAUUUUAAUCAGGUGAAGUCUGUUGCAUAUUGUCCUAAGGGCAAGUCCCAGAUAAAAUUACUGUGCAGACCAGUACUUGUAUUUUUGCAUGCACAUAAAAUCAUAUAGAAGAAAUCUGUUCAAUAGUUUCAGUUAUACUGUGCAAUAAAACUGUUUCAACUAACA